AAAAACACUGGCGUUAUUUCCUUCAGGCUCGCUGUGAUAGUUGUACUGUCUCUUUAAUAAUAUACGGUAAAGGAUCAGGUUGCGCACCGGGUGGUACUGGUAUUAUUUACAACUGGAAAGAGACCAUUUACAGAUUGCGAUGACACCCCAGCCCAUAGUUUCUACAUUGCGCAGUGGUGUGAGUUUCUGGCGACAUCGAAGUGUUUUAGUAACGGCUUUAAGUCUCCAGGCCUUGGACUUUCGAAGCGUGCGUUGUCGGUCUACCUCGGCACCUGGUACUGUCAGAUCCAUGGAGGACAUACUGACGAGGGUUGUGGUACCGUUACCUACAUACGAGACGAGAGAGAAGUCCCCGCCUCCACCCGAAUCGAACAGUGUGGAAUUUAUGCAUUUCUACAAAAGCCUUGAAAAGGAAGAGAAGUCACAAUUACUAGCAACGUUAUCACACGAUUUUGGUGUGGACCACAAAGGAGUUUCAGAGCUAGCAGGCAAGCUGCUCGACACUCAGUUAAGGGACUUGGCUACAAUAUUGCAAGUAGAGGACAGGUUACGAUAUAGUCUGACUCCGCGCUAUAAACAGUUGCUUAAUCACAUAAGCAGGGUUGAGGGGGGAGUGAAGUUCCUGGUGGACCUACGUGCCGAUCUGCUUGAAAUAAUAUCAUCUAAAGGAAGUGACAGUCCUCACAUUCGGGACCUGAAUGGCACUCUGAAGAGUCUGCUGUCAGAGUGGUUCUCUGUGGGUCUGCUGCGUCUGGAGAGGAUCACCUGGCAGUCCCCCUGCGAGAUACUGCAGAAGAUCAGCCAGUACGAGGCUGUCCACCCUGUGAGGAACUGGACCGAUAUAAAGCGUAGGGUGGGGCCGUACCGUCGCUGCUAUGCCUUCACUCACGCUGCCAUGCCAGGGGAACCACUGGUCGUCCUGCAUGUGGCACUCACAGAGGACAUCUCUAAUAACAUACAGAGUAUCGUGAGAGAGUUGGCUACCCUGGACUUGGAGGAGGAUGUUGCCAAGGUCAACACAGCAGUGUUCUACUCCAUCUCCUCCAGCCAGGCUGGCCUGCAGGGCGUGGAGCUGGGGAACGUUCUCAUCAAGAGAGUGGUGCGGGAGCUGCAGAGUGAGUUCCCCCACAUGUCCCAGUUCUCCAGCCUGUCUCCCAUCCCGGGCUUCUCCUCCUGGUUACUGGGCCUGCUCAACCAGCACCGGAAGGAGGGCCGCAUGGAGCUGUUAACUGAACGUGAGUGGAGGGAGGUGGCAGAUGUCACAAACACAGCCCCCGAUACCAACGCCCUGGAUGCCCUGCGUAAGCUGAUCAGCACUGGCGAGUGGACCCGCUCUGAACGCCUGGUCCACAUCCUGGAGCCUGCCCUGAUGCGCCUCUGUGCCUGGUACCUCUACGGAGAGAAGCGGCGCGGCUAUACCCUGAACCCUGUGGCCAACUUCCACCUGCAGAAUGGUGCCACCAUGUGGAGGCUGAACUGGCAUGCAGACACCAGCCCCCGGGGAGUGGCCAACUCCUGUGGCAUCAUGGUGAACUACAGAUACUUCCUGCAGGAGACCCCGUCCAACAGCGCUGCCUACAUGCACAACAAAGUCAUCACAGUUACAGAACAGGUGCUGGGCUUGGUCUCACAGUUUCAGAAGAACAGCAAACUCUGAGCUCCAUGGACACACACACUUGGUAUCAAAGAUGCCUCCAGGACUGGCUGACUUUACGGCUCUGAUCUAAUGUGCCAAAACAAAACACGUUCAAAACAUGGAGACAAUUUGUGGAAUGAUAUUCAUUUAUUUUGUUAUUUUCUUUUUACAAUCUAGCCCAUGUAGCGCAUGGAUUUUCCUCUCCCUUCCUUCCUGGGGUGGGUAUGUGGUGUUAUCAUCUCCGAUAGACUCCCGGUGUUUUAUGGUGUGAGAGACUACAGCUAAUGAAGCGAGAGACAUUUACAGUGCCUUGCAAAAGUAUUCAUCCCCCUUGGCAUUUUUCCUAUUUUGUUGCUUGUAAUUGUUGCUUGUAAUUGCUUGUAAUUGUUUCUUGUAAUUAUAACUUGUCAUUUAAAUGGAUUUUUAUUUGGAUUUCAUGUAAUGAACAUACACAAAAGUCUAAAUUGGUGAAGUGAAAUAAAAUAAACUACUUUCAAAAAAUUAAAAAUAUUAAAAAAAUUAAAAAGAGGUGCGUGCAUAUCUAUUCACCCCCUUUGCUAUGAAGCCCCUAAAUCAGAUCUGGUGCAACCAAUUACCUUCAGAAGUCACAUAAUUAGUUAAAUAAAGUCCACCUGUGUGGAAUCUAAGUAUCACAUGAUCUGUGAUCUCAGUAUAUAUACACCUGUUCUGAAAGGCCCCAGAGUCUGCAACACCACUAAGCAAGUGGCACCACUAAGCAAGCGGCACCAUGAAGACCAAGAAGCUCUCCAAACUGGUCAGGGGCAAAGUUUUGGAGCAGUACAGAUCGGGGUUGGGUUAUAAAAAAUAUCAGAAACUUUGAACAUAGCAAAAAAUUGAAAGAAUAUGGCAUCACAACAAACCUGCCAAGAGACGGCCGCCCACCAAAACUCACAGACCAGGCAAGGAGGGCAUUAAUCAGAGAGGCAACAAAGAGAUCAAAGACAACCCUGAAGGAGCUGCAAAGCUCCACAGCGGAGAUUGGAGUAUCUGUCCAUAGGACCACUUUAAGCCGUACACUCCACAGAGCUGAGCUUUACGGAAGAGUGGCCAGAAAAAAGCCAUUGCUUAAAGAAAAAAAUAAGCAAACACGUUUAGUGUUCGCCAAAAGGCAUGUGGGAGACUCCCCAAACAUAUGGAAGAAGGUACUCUGGUCAGAUGAGACUAAAAUGUAGCUUUUGGCCAUCAAGGAAAACGCUAUGUCUGGCGCAAUCACAACACCUCUCAUCACCUCGAGAACAACAUCCCAACAGUGAAGCAUGGAGGUGGUAGCAUCAUGCAGUGGGGAUGUUUUUCCAUCAACAGGGACUGGGAAACUGGUCAGUAUAGAAGGAAUGAUGGAUGAAGCUAAAUACAGGGAAAUUCUUGAGGGAAACCUGUGUCAGUCUUCCAGAGAUUUGAGACUGGGACCGAGGUUCACCUUCCAGCAGGACAAUGACCCUAAGCAUACUGCUAAAGCAACACUCGAGUGGUUAGAGGGUUAACAUUUAAAUGUAUUGGAAUGGCCUAGUUAAAGCCCAGACCUCAAUCCAAUUGAGAAUCUGUGGUAUGACUUAAAGAUUGCUGUACACCAGCGGAACCCAUUCAACUUCAAUGAGCUGGAGCAGUUUUGCCUUGAAGAAUGGGCAAAACUCCCAGUGGCUAAAUGUGACAAGUUUAGAGACAUACCCUAAGAGACUUGCAGCUGUAAUUGCUGCAAAAGGUGUUUCUACAAAGUAUUGACUUUGGGGGGGUGAAUAGUUAUGCACGCUCAAGUUUAUUUUUUUUGUAUUAUUUCUUGUUUGUUUCACAAAAAAAAAAAAAAUGUUGUAUCUUCAAAGUGGUAGGCAUGUUGUGUAAAUCAAAUGAUACAAACCCCCAAAAAAACAUUUUUAAUUCCAGGUUGUAAGGCAACAUAAUAGGAAAAAUGCCAAGGGGGGGUGAAUACUUUUGCAAGCCACUGUAUCAGGCCGUGCCAUGUUUCUACUUGACAAUGUGUGUGAUGCUGUAGCACAGCUAGGCUGCAGAGCUACUAGAAUAAACCAUGUUUUGAUCAUUUGGCUGAUCUGUUUAGCUGCAAAGAGGCGUGUGUGUGUGUGUGUGUGUGUGUGUGUGUGCAGAGCCGGGCAGGUAAAAAAGGGAACAGACACCCACAUUGUAUAGAAUUAUGUACAGCAAUACAGUAACAUAUUGUCUCGAACACUGAUUGUCACCCUACAAUCUCUUCUAAUCAGUUAAUUAGUCUACAUCUGCAUUGCUUGCUGUUUGGGGUUUUAGGCUGGGUUUCUGUACAGCACUUUGUGACAUCAGCUGAUGUAAGAAGGGCUUUAUAAAUACAUUUGAUUGAUUUGAUUGAAUUACUGAUGAUCAAUCAGGCUAUUCUUUAAUGAGCUGUACUCGCAAGAGAUUUAAUUUUUAAAAUUUAAUUUACAGUAUAUGUAGAAUUGGUUCUUUUCUGCAAAAGGCUAAGUCAUAUUUCAUACCAAAAUGUGUUCAGUUGCCAUGGCUGACACCAUAGUAAUUGCAGAGGGUGUUUGGAAAUGUUUGCUACCUGCCACCACUCACUCCCCCCUAGAGACACAUAUCUGAUGUACUGCUACACCAAAGUACUGAACCAAGUGGGACUCAUAUCUGCCCCCACUCUAUUGUUUUGAAAGACUAUAUCACAGCAAGUUGACUGUGAAAUUACAUUUUAUCUCUCAAAGGAGCCAAACUUUUUUCCCAAGCCAGCCACACAGUGUCCCAGAAACUAAUGAAGUGAGAAAUAAAGUUAAAAUAAAUGGAAAGAUUUAUAGCAUUCACUGUAAAGCCGGGAAGGAAAUCAGAGAGCAUAAAAGGACACUGUUUAUAGGAUGCCCCUGAGAAAGCAUUCCUCUCGUGAGACAGACAGGGAGGGUGGACACCUGCUGAUGCUCCAGUGCAAAGUCCAAGGCUGUCACACCCGUCCACAACCAUGGAUGAGAUUGUGAAUGGAAACAACAAUGACAUAUCCCUACCUUUCCACUAAGCAAAGAAAAUAUCCACUGCUCUAUCAAUUCAACAACAUAGAUGGAUGGAUUUCUGUGGUGUUUAUUCUUGAAUGACAUUGAACUCAAGAACUGGAAAAGUUGUCAAAGAACUGGAGCACUGAGACAACAGAGAUAUCACAACAUUGCAUUUCCACUUUAUGUCCUUCAUUGUCAGACAAGGGAAAAGAGCUACAGAGCAUGUACAUGUGCUUGAAUUGAUUUGAUGUGUGAAUAAACCUGUCAGUUGCGUUAAUGUAAAUUUAGUGUGAAGGGUAUAUAUAUAACAUGUCCAUGGUCUCAUUCACACAUUGCACACACACAGUGUGUGUGUGUGUGUGUGUGUGUGUGUGUGUGUGUGUGUGUGUGUGUGUGUGUGUGUGUGUGUGUGUGUAUGUGUAUGAGAGCAUGGGCAUGUUAUUGCCAUCAUUAUAGGCUGAUAAAUUCUAUUUGAAUAGAACACUGCACGAGAGGGGAUCAUCUUAGAAGCAUUUUUGAAUCGCGUAGAAAAGCUGAUUUAUUCUAGGUACCUCUCAACGAAUUACAAGACCUGUCAGUCACAGCAUUACAUUCGUAUUGAAGUCCUGUAGACAUCUCACUCUCUAUUCAGAAUCCAUCUCAUUUGGCACACACUAUUUGCUGCUGCUUUAACACACACACACACACACACCUUUCUUUAACAGCACUCAAAGGAUGAUUACUGACUAUGACCGCUAUGGUAAACCUGUAUGGAAUGGAAACAUACAGCUUGUGUUUUCAUCAGCUUUCCUUUUGAUACUGUGUCAUUUUUCCAAAGAAAAUGCAAACUGAGCCGUACAAGGUGAAUGUGUUGGCAAAAAGAUGCAAAUGUGUGCUGGCCACACUGACGACCUGGAGAUAUGUCACAGCAUUCUAAUCAACACGCCUCCAGCCUCCUGCCAAAUGCACAUUAACAUUUAAGGGCCCAUUUGUUAAUAAGCAAUUACAGACAGAAUUGAUUAGUAGCCACUUUACACCAUUUUUAAUGGCUGGAAUAUGCCAUUACAGUUUGGCAAGGUACACAAGCUACAAGGUUCUUUUCCCAUAUCACAGCACAUUUGGACAGCGCAUACAUCAACCCUCAUGUUCCUGCUCUUGAUAUGAAUAUUGAGUGUCUAACAUGAAAUAUAGUGAAAAUGAGAAUGAGCUGAACAUAUUAACACAGCCUGGUCCAGUCUAAUGUCAAGCGGAUGGCCCGUCUAAUUCAUAGCACUGGUAAGUCAUAAAAUCUUUAAACCUUAAAGUAUAUUGAGGACCUGAUGAAUAUGGAUUGCAAAAGUUACCAGAAAUAGAAUUUAACACCUUGGUGAGUUCACACAAUAAGUCAUUGAAACAGUGGAUUUAACUGAAACGUCUUCUCAGAUGAGACAUGAGGAAAGAAAAAGCUUUAAGGGAAAAAUAAAUGCAUUGGCUGUCUCAUAAUAGGCCUGAGAUUAUUUGAGUGAAAGAGAGAGCAAUGAAAGGGAGAGAGUAAUUGAAAGAAAAUGAAAACAGUACGUUAUUACAGUUGCAGUAAAGUAUUAAAGUCAUACCUAGUACUGUGUAGGAUAUAAGAACCACUUGGUAGUUUACAUAUUCAGAAGAAAAUAAUGUUUUCAUGAUUAUUACAUAUGUCCAGUACAGUAUAUUGUGUGUUAAGGAUAGUUUCCAAACAUGCUAGACUUGUACUCAUACAAUGCUAUUGUCACGCCCUGGCCAUAGAGAGGCUUUUAUUCUCUAUUUUAGUUAGGCCAGGGUGUGACUAGGGUGGGCAUUCUAGUUUCUUUAUUUCUAUGUUUUCUAUUUCUUUGUUUUUGUCCGAGUGUGUUUCCCAAUCCGAGGCAGCUGUCUAUCGUUGUCUCUGAUUGGGAAUCAUACUUAGGCAGCCUUUUCCCCACUUGUGUUUUGUGGGUAGUUGUUUUCUGUAUAGUUUAUUUGCCUUACAGAACUGUUCCAUUUUUCUCUUUGUGAUUUUGUUCGAGUGUUUUUUGAUUAAUAAAGAAUCAUGAACAAUUA